AUAUCUAUUCUAUUUACGCCAAUGUUCCAAUUUUCACGUAAAGCCUGAGAAUGACCUAGAGUAGGUGGAAGACGUUAGUUUUCAGUAAAACUAUCUCGGCAACAAGAGAGGAAAUGUCGAUUCAAUGUCACCGACGUCAUAAUUGAUCGUGUUGUCGACGUAGCAGCAGAAAAGAUAUCGACUAUUGCCAGUUCGGAAUUGUGUUUUAUUGUUAAUUCAUUUCUGAGGAUCGUACUUCUGAGAUUCGUCUGUCGAUGUAAUUGCAAGACUCAUUUGGACGAGAUGAGGUGGGUUAUCUUUUCGCAAUUCCUAUUUUUAGUGGUUAAUUCCUGUCAAGAGUUUUGGCAACAUUGGAGAAAUGUUUCUUGUACGUCAUUGGCAAACAGCUGCCACGAAUCAAAGAACUUUUCCCGCGUUGAAAUAUUCAAUCAAAUCUUAUCCAUAGAGUGCGGAGAGGAAACAAUUGACUCUGAUUUGAUGCGAUGUUUAGACGUGAAAAAUGUUCAAGAAAUAAAAUUUACAUAUUGUUUUCUGUCGGGGAUUGACUUUGGAAUCUUCACUUUCGGAUAUGGAAUCGAACACGUCCAGAUAUAUAACCAUUUCUCGCAUAAAAGAAACUUCGAGAGCGCUUCGUUUAAUGACAUGUACUCUCUGCGAUCUGUCGUAAUACGACACGUGAAGACUUCGGAACUUUUAAAUGUAACAUUUCACAAUGUUCCAUCGCUGACUUCAUUGAGAAUCAAAUGGUAUAACUUCAGUUUAUUUUCGAACAAACCUUUUCGAGAGUUAAUUAAUCUCUCCGAAUUAUACAUCGUGGAUGGAGAGUUAAAAGCUUUACCAGAAGAUAUAUUUUAUAAUCUUCAAAAUUUGACAAAACUUGAUUUAAAUGACAAUAAAAUUGAAUCGAUUCAUCCACUUGUCUUUCGAAAUCUCACCAAACUCCAAUUUUUGGAUUUAGGAUCGAAUCAAAUAAAGUAUUUACCAAGUGACAUGAUAAAAGGUCUUUCUAAUUUAAGGAUAUUUUCUAUUCAUGGAAAUCGUAAAUUAUCAGAAAUUCCGUCCGGAUUCUUUAAGAAAAUGCACAACUUGACUCAUUUUUCUGGAUGGGGUUGUUCUAUUUCUUCACUCGAAGAAGAUGUAUUUUCUGACUUGAUUAAUUUGAAAAUCCUCUAUAUAGAUUCCAACCGAAUUGAACGUCUCCUGCCAAAUCUUCUGAGAAAUAACAAACGACUUGCACAAUUUUUCUGCUCGUUUAAUAAAAUAUCGACACUUCCGACAGGAAUUUUUCACGGACUUUCUGAACUGCGAGAGUUACGUUUGGAGGAAAACCGGUUAGAAAAUCUUCCCGAAGACGUUUUUCAGAAUUUGUCGUCAUUGCAAAGACUCCGUUUAUCAAGAAAUCGCCUAACUUGUUUAUACGAUAACAUCUUUCUCCCGUUGACUAAUUUAACGCAUCUCGAUCUAUCUGGCAACAAUCUGACUGAAAUUAUCGGUGAGCAUCCUUUUGGCAGCAGCAAGCAUCUAACUCAUCUGAAUUUAAAUAAUGCAGGUUUGACACAAUGGCCGGUGAUAAAUUGGACAGAAUACAACUUGAGGUACGUCAGAUUCUCACAUAAUCAUUUUGAAACCGUCAAAUUGCCAAUUUACACACCAAAUCGCAUGAUAACUUUUCUGUUUGACUGUAAAAUCCGAACAAUUUAUUUGGAUGAGUGGAAAUAUGGAUUUCAAAUGCCGACUUAUCAUUUAAGUAAUAACGAAAUUAAUUGUGACGACGAACUGCAGCAAUUCGUUUCUGUCUUUAAGUCAAAUAUGGAAGUGGCAAAGAGAAUAUUUCCAAAUAUAGAGAAGACGAAAUGUUUCGGAGAAGAAAGAAAUUUGCUGGAUAAUACAUCUCUCGUACUCAUAGGAAAUUAUUGUCCGAUAGAAUGCGAUUGUUCUGCCCAACAAUUUCACGUGAUGGUCAAUUGUUCCGGAAGGAGAAUCGGCGGAUUUCAUAAAAUUCUCCGGAGGAUUCCCAAAGUUCUCGUCCCCAAUGCGACGAUUGUCGACUUGAGUAAUAAUUAUAUACAAGAGUUGUCGAAUGUCGAUUGUGUGACGUGGAAAAACGUCACCCAUUUGCGUCUGACUAAUAAUUCAAUAAGUAACAUUUCUGAUUAUUUUUUUUUGUCGAACGUCAAGUUUUUGUGGUUGGACGGAAACCGGUUAACCGAAUUACCUUCCGGUUUAAUGAACCUGAUCGACGUUUCGCCGAAAUUUCAGAUUUACUUGUCCAGAAACAAUUGGAAUUGCCAUUGCCAUUCGCAAUUUACUAAGGACUGGUUGCUUAGAAACCGACAGAAGAUUGCAGAUUUCUCUAAUAUUUUCUGCGUGGGAUUUAAUUCGUCUUCUGUGUCGUUUAUCGAAAUUCUUUCUAAUGAUCGAUGUAAACAAAUUCGAAACGAUAAUUUGACGUCGUCAAUAGAUGUGCCUUCCGACGAAGUUAGUUCUGUGCUUAAAUGGAAAAUCGCAGUGUCUGUUUUUACUUCGCUAAUGUUAUUAGGUGUGAUUAUUGUUGCUUUCUUUGCUUAUUGCCGCAGAAAAGAAAGUGUCGAGAAAGUGUCGAAGACUAAAGAUGAAGAAGUGAUAUAUCAUAACGUUUACACCUGAUAAUUUCUGUAAAUGAUAUUAUUAAAACUCCACAUAAUUAAACGCUUUAACGAAUAAUUUUUCGCAAAUUGCUAUUAUUUUUCAUUUGUUUCUAUUGAAAUUAAUUUUUUAUACUUUGAUUAAUUAUAAUGUUUGAAAUAUUAAUUCUGUAUUUUUUUGUACAUUUUGUCUACGAAUUAUAUCAUAAAAUGUAUAAUUAUUGCAUAAUAAAGCCGUAACUUGAGCAUAAAUAAAGAGUGAACUUCGAUAAUUAAACAAUAUUUUCUGUACAGAAAGUUUAAAAUGGAAGUAACAUUUUUUCAUUCAGAAAAAGUAUCAUUAAAUUUGUAAUUUCUACAACAGAUCGUUGACGGUUUUGUAGUUUUAUGUAGCAUUAAAUUGACUUC